AAAGACACCGAAGGGAGAGGGGGGGACGACCCACCUAAAGAGAAACGGAGGGGGUGAGAACAAGGCAGAGGGGGAGAGAGAGCGAGGGAGGGAGAGACUGACAAUGCAAAGGGGUGUUAACUCAUCUAGGGCAGCCAGUGCACUCGGAGGCGCGAGGGAGAAGUUGUGGGAAAGUAAAUAGUGCGCGAGGCAGGAGGAUUCCACUCGGGCUCGUGCCACUUGCUGCCCUCGCGCGGGAGAGAGAGAGAGAGACCAGGGAUGGGUCUGAGAGACACGGCCGCGUGACUCACACCGGGAGGUUUAUAUGGUGAACGCGCCGGGAUACGGAGACCCGAGAGCUGGAAUAGUGGCCGAACCUGAAGGAAUUACCCGCAAAGCACAAGGAGGGAUGAUGUCCACCGUGGCGCCCCGGCCACCCCAGAAGGAGGACGAGGAGGAAGAGGAGGACGAAGAGCAAGGAGAGCCGUUUGAGUUUGACGACAGUGCCGACGAGAGUGUUCCUGAAGACGCCGUCGUAAAGCCCCCCCCCUCAACAGCUGAGACCGCCGACUUGACGACCGAAAAGGUCAAGUGUGAAACGCAGUCAGAGGCCCCAACCGAGGGCAGCGCUGAUCCUCACUCCCAGCAGCCCGUGUACACGGCUCCGAUGUCUCCCCCUGCUGGCCAGGAGGGGAACUCCUCCUCGGACGCCCCCCCAACCACCAGCACAGCAGAUCAGCCUCUGGGAGACUCCAGUCGGGCCUCCAUCAACCCCACCACCUCCUCCUCCUCCUCCUCCUCCUCCGCAGCAGCAGCAGCGGACCAACCGAGUGCCGUGACUCCUCCUCCUCCCGCCGAGGAAGAGGAGUCCUGCACCUCCCCCGAGGAGGGGAGCCUCGCCCCGGAGGAGCCCUGCGAAGGAGACGCCGCGGUCAAGGACGACUGCAGGCUGAGGGACGACUCUGAAGUGCCCCACAGUGACAGUCUUGAGGUGAUCUAUGAUGACGUCCCCACUGAAUACCACCCACUAUCUCCUGAUGAAGAGGAUGUGAUCUAUGAAGACGUUCAGAGAGGUGGUCCAGUCAGUGCUGAUAACGGCUGGAGCUCCAGUGAGUUUGAGGACUACGACGACCAGUCUGACAAUGAAGCCAAAGUCCCCACACGCACCAAGCUGUCCCCUGAGGUGCGUGGGCUGAGAGAGCGCUGUGCCAGGACCAAACGUGAGCUAGCGUCGCGUCUCGGCGCCAACUAUGACACCAAGGUAUCGUCCGUCCGCCCCGGGACCCACCUCACCCCCCUGCAGAGCUUCGUUAGAUAUUUAUUCACCUUCUUACGCUCCAUGUAAAACGUCCCAGUACGAGUGAAGAGCACACUCUGUGACGGGGCGAAGGAGCUCUCUGAACCCUCUGAGUGAACCGCCUGAGUGUGCGCUGUGAAUGUGCACAGAACACGAUGUGUGCCGCUGGUUAAAGAUGUACUGCAUGUACUGCACGGUGUGACCGGCCUCCACUCCGACUGUGGCUGACCGCUCCCUGCAGCCCUCUCACCUGCUCUGGGUGCUCUAGUAAUGAUCCAGAUGACUCUGUUCUCUCUCUGUUUCUGUGUCCAUCUCUGUGUCUCUAUCUCUCACUCUGUCUCUUCUCUGUCUGUCUGUCUGUCUCUCUCUCUGUCUGUCUCUCUCUGUGUCUCUGUCUGUCUGUCUCUCUCUCUCUCUGUCUGUCUGUCUGUCUGUCUGUCUGUCUGUCUGUCUGUCUGUCUGUCUGUCUGUCUGUCUGUCUGUCUGUCUGUCUGUCUGUCUGUCUGUCUGUCUGUCUGUCUGUCUGUCUGUCUGUCUGUCUGUCUGUCUGUCUCUCUCUGUCUGUCUGUCU